AUGUUCCUCGUCACAUGUCGCAGUGCCUUGUCAUCUGAGAACAUCAAUGGGGUCUACAUCUCCUCGGCCCUCCUCAUCUUCGGCACUUUCAUUGUGAAGAAGGAGUUUGUCCCAUAUGCAGUGGCUCUGGCUGCUAUCCUGGCUGGAUUGAAGCUGCUCACAGGCGGCAGCAAGCCCAGAAAGGUUCUCAACCCUACCGAGUUCCAGGAAUUUGUGCUCAAGGAGAAAACCGACGUCUCGCACAAUGUUUGCAUCUAUCGCUUUGCCCUCCCCCGUCCCACCGAUAUCCUGGGUUUGCCCAUCGGUCAACACAUCUCCCUCGCUGCCACUAUCGAGGGCCAGCCGAAAGAGGUCGUCCGCUCCUACACUCCCAUAUCUUCAGACAAUGAGGCCGGUUACUUUGAUUUGCUCGUGAAGGCCUAUCCCCAGGGUAACAUUUCCAAGUACUUGACCACCUUGAAGAUUGGCGAUACCAUGAAAGUGCGGGGUCCCAAGGGUGCCAUGGUCUACACUCCAAACAUGUGCCGUCACAUUGGUAUGAUUGCUGGUGGUACUGGUAUUACCCCCAUGCUGCAGAUCAUCAAAGCCGUUAUUCGCAACCGCCCCCGCAAUGGCGGCAACGACACCACCAAGUUGGAUCUGAUCUUCGCCAAUGUCAACCCAGACGACAUUCUGCUCAAGGAGGAAUUAGACAAGCUGGCUGCUGAGGACCCGGACUUCAACAUCUACUAUGUUCUGAACAACCCUCCUCAAGGCUGGACCGGUGGCGUUGGAUUUGUUACCCCCGAGAUGAUUAAGGAACGCCUCCCUGCCCCUGCCAGCGACGUCAAGAUUCUGCUCUGCGGUCCCCCUCCUAUGAUCAGCGCGAUGAAGAAGGCUACCGAGUCGCUCGGUUACACCAAGGCUCGCCCUGUCAGCAAGCUUGAGGACCAAGUCUUCUGCUUUUAG